AUGCCCAUGUCCCCAACAAGACUGCCUAGUCCCUAUGGCUCUGAUCGGCUGGUACGGCUAGCAGCCAGGCUCCGGCCAGCACUGUGUGAUACCCUGAUCACAGUGGGGAGCCAGGAGUUCCCUGCCCACAGCCUGGUGCUGGCAGGUGUGAGCCAGCAACUGGGUCGCAGGGGUCACUGGGCUCUGGUGAAAGGCAUCAGCCCUUCCACCUUUGCCCAACUUCUGCACUUUGUUUAUGGGGAGAGCCUAGAGCUGCAACCUGGGGAACUGGGGCCCCUUGAGGAGGCAGCCAGAGCAUUAGGGGUGCAGUCCCUGGAAGAGGCAUGCAUGAGGGCUCGAAGAGAUACAGCCAGAGAAGAGGUGGGUCCAGGGCUGAAGGAACAACAGGAGGAGCCAGAGAAACCCACAAGGGAUUCUGUGAGAGGAGUGGGGGGCUUUGGAGAGAAGCAGAGACCACAGAAGUUUGUUAGAGCUGGUGGGAAAGAACAGGAGACGUUGCACAGGCACAGGCCAUCAAGAGAGAGCCCUGAGAUGGCAGAGGCAACUCUCGAGGAUCAAGGGGAGCAGAUGAGACCAGAGGAGAAACUCAACCAAUCCCCUGUUGGCCGCGGAGGAGCAGAUGGGAAGCAAGAAGUGAUCAUGUGGGUGAGGGACAGUCCAGGGGGCUCUGAGGAAAGUCUGCGGGAGUUCCCUGGCCCCCUUCCCCCACCAGGUUCCCUCCAAACCGGCAUCACCCCUAGGCCCUGGUGGGCUGAGGCCCCUUGGUUGGGGGAGGGCCAGCCUGCCCUGUGGAGCAUCCUGCUGUUGCCGCCCAGAUAUGGCACUCCCUUCUCCCAUAGCACCCCCAUGACUGCAGCCCGGCAGGAGGUCUGGCCUCAGGACCAGAGAAAGGAAUUGGCCAGGAUCCCAGGUGUAGCCAAAGCUGUAACUCUUCCCCAUCCCACUCCCAGGAUCCCACUGUCCCUGAACCUCCACAAAGGCCUCUGGAACCAGAACCAGUUGGCCUCCUGCAGCCCCACCCCAGGUUCCCUCCCCCAGGGCCCCACACAGCUCAGCCCUGGGGAGAUGGAAGAGUCUGAUCAGAGGCACACAGGUGAACUUGCAACCUGUGUGGGUCAUGUGGGCACAGCAAGCCACGCAUCUCAACAACACCCUCCCCCACCCCCUCCUGCUCGGUCUCGGCCCUAUUCUUGUUCUGUCUGUGGAAAGAGGUUUUCACUCAAACAUCAGAUGGAGACGCACUACCGUGUCCACACAGGAGAGAAGCCCUUCUCCUGUAGCCUCUGUCCCCAGCGCUCCCGGGACUUCUCAGCCAUGACCAAGCACCUGCGGACGCACGGGGCCGCACCCUACCGCUGCCCUCUGUGCCAGGCCGGCUGCCCCAGCCUGGCCUCCAUGCAGACGCACAUGCGCGGCCACUCGCCCAGCCAGCUCCCGCCGGGAUGGACCAUUCGCUCCACCUUCCUCUACUCCUCCUCCUCCUCGAGGCCAUCUCGGGCCUCGACCUCUCCCUGUAGGCCCCCUUCCUCAACCACCUGA